AUGGCCACGCGGGGGAUAGUUCUGGGGCUGGUGGUGCCUUUAAUGGUUUGGGUCAGCAGAAGUGCAGGUGUUGAUUUUCGCUUUGCGUCAUACAUCGAUAAUAACAUGGUACUGCAGAAGGAGCCUGCUGGGGCAGUGAUCUGGGGCUUUGGCCUACCGGGAGCCACAGUGAUGGUGACUGUGUACCACGAUCAGCAGACUGUCAUGAAGAAAGUGACCCGGGUGAGAGAACUCUCUCAUGUCUGGAUGGUGGUUCUGGAUCCAAUGAAACCUGGGGGACCUUUUGAACUGAUGGCAGAACAGAACCUUGCGAAGAUGAACCAUACCCUCAGAAUUCAUGAUGUCUUAUUUGGAGAUGUCUGGCUUUGCAGUGGGCAGAGUAACAUGCAGAUGAAUGUUUCACAGAUAUAUAAUGCUACAAAAGAGAUGUCUAAUAUUACCAACUAUCAGUCUGUCCGCAUAUUCUCCGUUUCUCUUGCUCAAGCAGAGCAGGAAUUGGAGGACCUUGCUGGGAUUGGCUUGCCAUGGUCUAAGCCCUCUUCAGAAAACUCUGACCAUGGAAAUUUACAGAACAUGUCAGCAGUGUGCUGGCUGUUUGGGCGUUACCUGUAUGACUCUCUGCAAUAUCCCAUUGGACUGAUUGCCUCCAGCUGGGGUGGGACACCCAUUGAAGCCUGGUCCUCUGAAAGGUCAUUGAAAACCUGUGGAAUCCGUCAACAAGGAGUCCUCUUACUUGAUUCUGUGACUGGCCCUAGUAAGCCUUCUGUGCUUUGGAAUGCCAUGAUCCAUCCGCUGAAUAACAUGACCCUGAAAGGUGUGAUAUGGUACCAGGGGGAGUCCAACAUGAACUAUAACCUGGACUUGUACAAUUGCACUUUCCCGGCACUCAUUGAAGACUGGCGUCAAACCUUCCACUAUGGCUCCCAGAAGCAGACGGAACGUUUUUUCCCCUUUGGAUUUGUCCAGUUAUCUUCAUAUUUGCCUCAAAACUCCUCAGAAGAUGGAUUUCCCAAAAUUCGUUGGCACCAGACAGCUGACUUUGGCUACGCCCCCAAUGCAAAGAUGCCCAAGACUUUCAUGGCUGUCACCAUGGAUCUUGGCGAUAGGCAUUCGCCCCUUGGCAGCAUCCACCCUCGAGAUAAACAAACAGUGGCCUAUCGGCUGCAUUUGGGGGCCCGUGCUGUGGCUUACGGGGAGAAGAAUUUGAUUUUCCAAGGACCACUGCCUAAGAAGAUGGAAGUGUUGUUUAGCAAGAGACUGCUGAACCUCACAUAUCAGCAGCAAAUCCAGGUCCAGAGGCUGGACAAGCAGAUAUUUGAGAUCUCCUGCUGUGGUGACCAUCAGUGCAAGUGGCUCCCAGCGCCCAUGGACACUUUCUCCAACUGGACGCUGGUUCUGAAUAUAAGUUCCUGUCCUGGCCCUCUGGCUGCUCUCCGCUAUGCCUGGACCACGUGGCCUUGCGAAUAUAAGCAAUGUCCUCUGUACCACCCCACUAGUACCCUGCCAGCUCCUCCUUUUGUUGUUUUCUUAACAAACUAG